AUGCCAUUGGCACGCGCGUCUCUGCGGUCCUUUCUCCACUCCGCGAAGUCCACUCUCAACAAUGACGUGAAACAGCACUCACCAGUCACAUUUGUGAUUGGCAACGAAUCCGCAGACCUCGACUCUCUCUGCAGUGCCGUCGUCCUGGCCUAUCUUCGCACGUACUCCCCCUUUUCAAAAUCCAACACCGUCUACGUUCCUCUCGCCAACCUCCCACGCGCCGACUUGUCGUUACGACCUGAAUUAUUGCCAGUCCUCUCGCACGCAAACCUCAAACUAAGCGACCUCAUCACGCUCUCGGACCUAACAAAAUUUCCCCACCACAUCCCAGUCGAGCAGAUGAAAUGGAUAUUAGUAGACCACAACGCGCUUCAGGGCGAGCUGGGGAAGAUAUACCACUCACGAGUAGUUGGGUGUAUCGACCACCACGACGAAGAGUAUAAAGUGCCUUGGGACUGCGACACCGAACCACGUAUCGUUCGUAAGAGCGGGUCUUGUUCUUCUCUCGUCCUUGAAUACUGUAAAAAGGAUUGGAAUGAGCUAGGCAAGCAGUUUGGCGAAGAAGAACGGGCGUGGAAUGCGGAGCUAGCGAGGCUGGCGAUUGCACCUGUGCUGAUUGAUACGCAGAACUUGAGGGAUGAGAACAAGACUACGCCGACGGAUACGAAGGCAGUGAGGUAUUUGGAGGGUUGGAUCAUGGCUGCUGAGGAUGGAGAGAGCUAUAAAACAGAAGACUAUUUCAACGAGAUAUCUAGGGCGAAGGAAGAUAUUGGGAGCUUGAGUCUACCGGAUAUUCUGAGAAAGGAUUAUAAGCAGUGGAAUGAAAGUAUUGCAAAUCUGGGAGUCAGCUCUGUGGUUAAGGAUGUUGGGUUCUUGAUUGAGAAGGCGGGGAGUGAGGAGAAGUUCUUCGAGGCCGUGAAGGAGUUUGCAAAGCAGCGGAACUUGUCGCUGUUCUCGAUUAUGACGACGUCGAAUCCUGACAGCGUUUUCAAACGAGAGUUGAUGGUUUGGGGGUUGGAUGGGAAGGGGGUGGAGGCUGCGAAGACUUUUUCUGCGGAUGCUGAGAAGAAAUUGGGGCUCGCUGAGUGGCAGAAUGGGGCCCUUGAUGUUGAAAGGGACAGUGAGUGGCGACGUUGUUGGUGGCAGAAGAAGGUCGAGAAUAGUCGGAAGCAAGUUGCUCCGCUGUUGAGGACUUCGUUGACGUCGCGAGGAUGA